GCGCCGCCUGGUGUAAGAUGGAGCCAUAUAAACCCGAGCCCGAGUUACAGCGGUUUUACCACCGGUUGCUGCGUCCGCUGUCUCUCUUCGCCCGCACGACGACGCGCACAGAGUCUCAGAAGCGCCUCCCGCAGGAGGUCCCGAUGCUGCUGCCCCUACCGGUCUCACGGCUGACGGUGGCGUCGCUCUGCCGCCAGGUAGCCGAGCGGCUGGCCAACAGCGGGCUGGAGGCGCGCGCGCCUCGCAAGGUACGACUCCGUUUCACCGAGGUCAUCUUGGACGAGCUGAAGUGCAGCUGGCAGGAGCCCCCCACCGAACCUGGUCUGAGCCACUUGAACAAUCAGAGGCUGCGGAAGCGGCUCCUGGUCUACGUGCUGCUCAGCAGCGAGCAGCUCUUCGUACGCUACCUGCACCUUCAGAAGAUCAUGUCGACCCCCGCAGCUGUCUUCACCGAAUCAGCCACGCUCACCCGGUUGGCCGCCAGCCUCGCCAGGGACUGCACAGUCUUCCUCACCGGCCCCGAGGUCUACCGUGGCCUGCUCGCUGACUUCCGCGCCCUGCUGAAGGAAGGGCAGGUCCAAGUCUGCGUGCCCAGAGUGCGCCCCCUCGGCCCCACUGGGGCUUUCAGGCUCUGCCCUAUCCCAUGGCAUCACAGCACUGGCUUUGCCCAAGUGCCGUAUUUCAACCUCAGCCUGAACUACCUCAUCCAGCUCAGCCGCCCGCGGGAGUUUGUCAGUGAGCCUGAACCGGAUCCAGUGAAGGAGUUGAAGUCCAUUCCCCAGCUGAAGAAGAAGAAGCCUCUCCGCUGGCUGUCCACCAUGCAAAAGAGGAGAGAAAGCAACUUCAAUUCACAGAUUGCCUCACUGCCUGGGUCCUCUGUGGCUCCCCCCAGCCAGGCUCCCCCCACCUCCCACUUGCCCCUCUCCUCCCAGCUCCAGAGGGGCCAGUCCAUGCCCUCUCUGCGUGAGGGCUGGAAACUAGCAGAUGAGUUGGGCCUUCCUCCAUUCUCUCCUCGCCCCUUAACCCCACUGGUCCUGGUUGCAGAGAGCAAACCAGAGCUGGAAGGGGACACUGUGGCUGAGGACCUGAAGCAGAGGAUGAAGAACAUGCACUUGGGGUGGUCUCACUACUCACCGCUGGACUCAGGCCUGCCCCCACUCUUGGGGGCCCUGACCUACCGCCCAGCUGCAAAACAUCACAUGGAAGAGCUGCAGAGAAUGUUGAAGGGCCUUGAGGAGAAGGAAGCCUCAGAGCAGUGGAGCCUCCAGCCCCCCAGAUGCCCUCCCCUUGAACCACAGCCAGUGACUGUUACUUUGAAGCUAAGAAAUCAGGUGGUCCAGGCAGCUGCUGUACAGGUCUCAGCAAGAAACUUUUUGGAUUCCUUCCACGUUGAGGGGGCCGGAGUCCUAUACAACCACCUGGCUGGUGAACUGGAACCCAAACUUAUCGAGGAAAUGGAUACUGAUCGCACUUUUGGCAGUAGCAUCGGGGAGGUCUACAAGGAGCUGAUGAGCUGUGUCUCUAAUGACCACUUCUCUUUUGACCAGGGGCCCCUGGUUGAGCCUGCAGCCAAUGAAGACUGGUCGGCCUUCCUAUCCUCAGCCUUUCUAUGUCAAGAAAAACAGCGUCGUAACAUCAACACCAAGCUGGCUGGACUUUAUUCCCAGAGAGCUAACACUUUACAGUCCAACCCUGAUAAGAUGUCCUCCCUCACAUCACUCCAAGCAAGUAAAAGCUGGGAGAAGUGGUCAAACAAGGCCUCAUGGCUGAACUGGUGGAAAACGACUUUGUCUGUGGGUGACUACUUCAAGUACCUCACCACCCAGCAGACAGAUUUCCUCCAUGUCAUCUUCCAAAUAUAUGAAGAGGAGGUUCCUGUGGAGAUCGUGGCCCCUGUCAGAGAGUCCCUGAAGAUUCAGCACCCACCUCCCUUGCUGGAAGACAACGAGCCAGACUUUGUGCCAGGAGAGUGGGAUUGGGACACGGUGCUGGAGUGCAGGCUGGGAACUAAGAACAACAGCCUCCUGGAAGACUCUCACAAAAUCCUGAGCCUGCAGAAGCGUCUGGAGCGGCUGUGGUCCAUGCUUGAGGUCCCUGACAAAGACCGGCUGGACAUGGCCAUCAAGUACAGCUCCAAUGCCCGCCUGAGGCAGCUGCCGUCACUGGUGAGUGCCUGGGAGCGGGCCUUGCAGCCCAUUCAGCUGCGGGAGAUAUUGCUGGGGAGACUGGAGUGCUUUGAGCGACAAGCCUCCGACCCUAACCGUUUCUUCCACAAGACUGACAUGGGCCUGAGUCGCUUCCUGGAGGAGAAUCAGAUCCGCAACCAUCUCCAUAAGAGGCUCAGUCUAGUGGAGGCUCCUUUGGUUCCCCUCCUGGAGGAGAUCGAGUUAGUCUUUGGUGAGCCAGUGACCUUCAAGGGGCAGCACUACCUGGACAAGAUGAAGCAUGACAAAGUGGAGAUGCUCUACUGGCUGCAGCAGCGGCGGCGGGUCCGCCACCUGGUCCGGGCCAAGAGGGCCUCCCAUCAGUCAGCCCUGUCCAGGAAGCUCAGCAGCCAGCCUUUAGUAGCCCCUGGGAAUACCCCACUACUCUUUGACCAGACCAAGUGCCCUCAGAUCCCUCCCUCACCCCCAUACACCCAGCAGCUCACCCAGACCUCUUGACUGCUUUGAAAGAAGAAAUAUCUGGGAGUGCGGGCUUCAGGAAAACUGUGCUUCCAACUACCAGGGGACUGAAAUUAGCACUUUAUUUUGACCAUGAAGUUCUCAUAAAAGAAUCCACAAGCCCAGUAGUCCCAUUUCUGUCAAGCCAUGCACAGCACAGCCAAAAGCGCAUGUAUCAGAAGAACUGAGACCAUCCCUUGGAGUUCAUUGUAAUGGGAAAUGUUAGACAGAUGGAAACCAUCCCCUAUGGAACACCUCAGCUUAGCAUUUCUAUCACGAUACACUAGAUUGGCUGAUUAGAACUCUAAGCCAAGAGACUCUAUGGCAUAAUGGCUAAGAGCUAGUGCUCUGGAGUUAGUAGAUGUGGGUUUAAAUCCACAUCCUGACUGUGUAACCUUGGGCACACUACCUAACUUCUCUGCAUCUGGACCUUCCUGUGUCAGGUGAAGGAGUUGGAUCCAGGUUGUCACUUCUUCCAGUUCUGGCAUACUGUUGGCAGAGCCAAACUUUUUCAUUAAAUUUUCACCAGUUAAUACAAGCACGUGGUACAAAGUACACAAGGGUAUGCACUGAAAAGACCUUGAAGGCCUCAGAUCACUUGGAGAUGACCCGUCUAAAUUAAAAGCUCAGGUUCUUGAUGUCUCAUUGCAGAAAGAAUUCAGUGAGAGACAAAGUGACAGGUAAGAAGUGGAUUUAUUAAGAGAGAAACACUCUCCACAGACAGAGUGUGGGCCACCUCAGAAGGUGAGAAAGGCACCAGGGUAUGGCGUUGUCAGUUUUUAUAAGGGUGGGUAAUUUCUUAGGCUAAUGAGUGGAAGGAGUAUUCUAGCUAUUUCGGGAAGGGGCGGGGAUUUCCAGGAAUUGGGCCACCGCCCACUUUUUGAUCCUUACGGUUGGGCUUGGAACUGUCACAGCGCCUGUAGGUGUGUCAUUUAGCUUGCUGACGUGUUACAGUGAGUGUAUACUGAGGCUCAAGGUCUAGUGGAAGUCGACUUGUCUGCCAUCUUGGACCCAUUUGGUUCUGAUCAGUUUAUGUCAUGUCCUCGGGCUGUGUCAUUCUUUCAAAGGUUGUGCCCUGCCCCCUUCCCUCCUGUUUCAGGGGUGGGUCAGGGGUGCCUUCCUGAGGAAUCGUCCUCUAAACCGAGAGCUGAAAGGUUUCUGGGAGUUUGGCCAAGGGAAGAGCAAUGUGAAGCUUCCAGGGUGCGCAAGAGCUUGAACUUCUGCAAACAGAAUGAGACUGGAGUGUCAAGUGCACAGCACAAGGUGACGGCCAAGGUGCUUCUGGGCCUGGAGGGGGCCUUAGGAGCCAGAUUAAGGACCUGGGACUGUCUCCUAUAAGAGAGACAAAGGGUGCCCCGAAGAGCUGCAACUGGGGAGGGCACAAGCAGAGAUCAGCCACUGCUGGGCUCCCUCAGGCCCCCCCUCUCAGACAUCAGCUGGGAGCUUGGAGCUGACUCUGGUCUGGCUCCAGCACUCAGUUUUGAGUAGCUGAAAGUCACUUCGUCUCUAUAGCCCUCUGCUACCAAAAGAAGUCAGGUGUGAACCGGAUGAUCUUUAGGACCUGCUCUCCCCACUCUCCAUGCCCAAACUAACCCUCUACCCACUUCUGGGGCUUCCCCAACUCCCUUAAAAACUCUCUUCCCUGUUUCCUGUCCCCCAGCUGGUAACAUCUGGGAGGAAAAUUCCUUUUUCUCAUCUCUCUCCACUAGACUGGGAGCUCCGAAUAGGCAGCACUAUGCCUAGUGUAUCUGUUCAUGCAUGCUUCCUCUUGCUAGGCCUUGAACACAGUGGUGAGUGCUUGGUGGAACAAAAGAACGGUCCCAACCCUGUGCACUUUCGCAAGUUUGUGUUUGAUCCCCAUGACAGCCUGAGGCAGCACCAGUGCAGGGAAUUUUAGCUGCCAUUUUGCUGAUGAGAAGAUGGGCCUCGAGGAGCUGGUGGAGCUGUGAACUCAAGCUCUGAAGCCAACUCUCUGGGUUCAAGUCCAGCUCUUUCACUUAGAGCAGAUGUUUGGCAAGCCACUUAAUCUCCCUAAACCUGUAUUUUCUCAGUUAUAAGUCGGGGAUAAUAACAUCUACUUCACAGGAUUGCUACAAAGAUUAAAGGGAGAUGGCAUAUAACAUGUAUAAUAAGCAUGCAAUAAAUGCUAGUUAUUUUUAUUCUCAGGCCAGCAUCCUUUCUCCUCCCCAAAUGUUACCGAGUCCAAGCUCGCCCUGCUCGCCGCACGACAGGCCAAUAAAUCGGGAGACGAGGUGUUGAGGCAAGGAAAACGACUUUAUUCAGAAAGCCGGCAGACUGAGAAGAUGGUGGACUAGGGUCCCCCAAAACCAUCUUAUUGGGGUCUGGAUGCCAGUUUCUUUUAUAGAACAGAGACAGGGAGGAGGUGAGGAAGUAAAGUAAAAAUGCCACUUAUCUUGCAAAAUAGGAGGGGAUGUGUUAAUCUCUUCUUUUGUGCAGCCACUCACAGAUGGACAGGGUCAGAAUGUCUCUCUGUGAGCUGAACAAAGGCACUUUAGUUUAACGGGCAGAGGGGCAGGGUUCCCUGUGGCAGGAUGCUCACAGCUAUAGACAGUGAUUAUAAUAACAAAAGCAACGAAAAGCAAAGGUUAAAGUGAAAGAAACAGAUCCAACAGGGAGUCAGAACUGGCUCUUCCCUGCUACACAAACAGCAGCUCCAAGACGUAAGAAGAUUACUUCCAGGCUGCGGCUGGGGCCACCCCUCCCCAGACCCGGCUGGUGCAA